AUGGCAUCCCGAAAGACACAGCAAGAGAUCGAGAAGACCUUCAAGAAGGUUGCUGAAGGGAUUCAAACGUUUGAAGGGAUCUAUGAGAAGAUUCGCUCAGCGUCAAAUCCCACUCAGCGGGAUAAACUGGAGGAGAACCUAAAACGAGAAAUCAAGAAGCUCCAAAGGUUCCGUGAUCAGAUCAAAUCAUGGGCUGCAGGCAAUGAAGUCAAGGAUAAAGCGCCGCUGCUUGAGCAGCGAAAAGCGAUUGAAACGUGCAUGGAACAAUUCAAGGCGGUCGAGAAGGAGAUGAAAACAAAAGCAUACUCCAAAGAAGGCUUAUCGGCGGCGUCACGACUAGAUCCAAGAGAGAAGGAGAAGGUGGAGGCGUGUGACUUUCUGUCUUCUAUGGUGGACGAGUUACAACAAAAGAUUGAGGCUAUGGAGGCGGAGGAGGAGACAUUGCAUGCGCAGAUGAAGAAGGGGAAGAAGGAUCUGUCCAAGGCCAACCGCAUGGCUGAUAUCUCGCGAGUAUCAGAACGCCAUAAGUGGCACGUGAACAAGCUUGAAUUCCUUAUGCGCUCCUUACAGAAUGGCAAUCUAGAAGUCACUCAGGUCGUCGACCUUAAGGAGAGCAUUAAGUAUUACGUCGAGGAAGGGGGUAACUUGGAUUAUUCCGGAGAAGACGAGACACUCUACGAUGACUUGGAUAUCGGCGAAGAGAUUGAGGCCCAAUUUGGAAUGGGUGCCGAGAACGAUCGAGUAUCAUCACAAGAUGCCCAAUCGGUUCAAGAUGAUGAGCCAGAACCCAAGCCCAAGCCACCCAAGGCAGAUCCUACGGCUCGACGACCCUCCACACAGAUGAAGUCCCCGUUGCCAGUUCUCGCCACGCUAUCCUCUACGUCUGCGUCUGCUACCCCGAGCAUGAAACCCGCCCCUCUCCCCACCCGUCUACCUGGAGAAACCCUGAAGUAUGCCUCUGCUGCAGCUGCGGCCGCCGCGAGUGACAAGAGCGGAGUCGGUAUUCUCCCCCUGCCCCCUCCACCAGGUGCCAGUCCGGCCUUCUCAGUCUCUCUCCCCGUCUCCAAGCCUGCUUCUAUUGCUUCUCCCAGCGUCGCAUCGGUACAGCCAGCCCAUAAGGUAGCGGUCCCCGUGCUUUCGGCCAUUGCUUCACCAGAACAGCCUGUUAGUGCUGUACGAUCAAAGACUCCUCGUAUUUCCGGAACCUCAUCACCAGCUGCUCCUGCUCCAGCGCCCACGGAAUCAAAAGAGCCAUUGACGAACGGCAAGAAGAGUCCAGAAGCUGAGGGUGAAGAAUCAGUCUACCAUCUGCCUCCCGAUUUGCAAGACCUGAUUCAAUCCUUCGAGGUGACGAAGCAGCGAGCAUCACUUCACCCCUCACCAUCAGUUCAACGACUCCUGGCUCACUCUUUGACAACGUGUCCGGAAGCUGGAGAUGCGGAAAAGCCUCGUCAUUACAGGCCGCAGAAUCCUUACAACACUUCUCUCCACUAUCCACAAGAGCCUCUUUCCAUCUUCGACGACCCGCGACUUUAUGACACCGGCCGUAUUGAUACCGAUACACUUUUCUAUCUUUUCUAUUACCGACAAGGAUCUUAUCAGCAAUAUCUGGCCGCCAAGGCUCUUAAGAAUCAAAGUUGGCGUUUCCAUAAGCAGUACCAAACAUGGUUCCAACGUCAUGAAGAGCCCAAGAACAUUACCGAAGAGUUCGAACAAGGGACGUAUCGAUUUUUCGACUAUGAGAGCACAUGGAUGAACCGGCGCAAGGCUGAUUUCAAGUUUGUGUACAAAUAUCUGGAGGACGAGUUAUAG